AUGGCGACUGCACGAAAUAAACCACAAGCGAGCUCAAAGUCAAAGCAAAAUGCUAGAAGAGUACACAAAGAACCACCUGCAAAGUCAGCGGCAGCUUCGUCAUCGCGCCAAAAUGUGGGCCUAGUAAACAGCGAAAGCUCAAAAGCGGCCCAGAAGCGAGUCCGAAAGACGACAGGCAAAUUUGCUCAAGAACCCGAGGAGCCUGUAAAGAAGACUGGAAACAAACGGAAAGCUGAGGAAAUUGUCGAGAAGGAAGUUGAUGGUCCCGAGUAUGUGAAGAUGCCGAUGUUAACGCCAAGGGUGCGGAAUAUUCCUCAGGAAGUCGUGGAAAACAAAUGGGGGCUAUUAUCAGAGAAGGCAAAAGAUGAGUUUCUAGAAGUUAUGAAGGUGGCGGAAAGGCCAGUUCUUAUGACUUUUGGGAACGAGAAGAAGAGGGCAGAAGCCCAAAAGGUUUUGGAUGGAGCAUUGAGAAGAUUAAAAUCAGCUCUACCUAAAAUACCCGUGCCACCUAUGGGGAAAGACAUGACUUUAAAUUAUGAGAAGUUGCUUACAAAGAACCGAGAUCUAGAAGCAACAUUAGAACCCGAGCUCCGUCAGAUUGCCGAUCUAGAGGCAGAAAUUGAGCGAGAACAAAAACUCAUGGAUCAGGACAUGGCUUCUCACAGGAAUUUAAAGAACAACGCUGCUACGCAAGAAAAAAUCAGGAAAGAAAAAGCUCGAUCGACGCAUCCACUUUUACGGAAGGCAGCUGAAACUGACGUAGGCGUAAAAGAUGGGAUCAAUGAUAUCAACCUCUCAAGCUCCAAGAUUCCCGCUGUUGCAUCCUCAUACGAUGUCAGUUCAGACCGGCAGAUCCUCCCACUCACAAAAGUGUUACAACAACAUCUUUCUAGCAUGCAAGGCAACAGCGGGCCUUUAGAGGAAGUAAACGAAUGGAUUCUUAGGAGUAAGGCGGCAGUUGAUGAAGUUCUUUUUCAACGCGCAGGGGAAAAGGUCUAUGAUAAAAUAAUAGGAUUGUAA